CCCUCCCGCAUCCCGCCGGGUCCGGACAUUAUCCGUGGCAUCGGUCCUAUUGCACUCAUCCUUCUGCUCAACAUGGACUUGAUGCAGUUUCUGCUUUUUGUUGCAGCGGCCGCCUGCACACUGACAGUGUCUCAUCAAGGGUCAAGCCAGCGCAGACUGUACAGUGACCUGAUGAACACCUACAACCCCCUGGAACGACCGGUCAGCAAUGACUCUCAGAGUCUCACAGUUAACUUUAGUCUCAGCCUCAUGCAGAUCAUGGAUGUGGAUGAGAAGAACCAGGUUUUAACAACCAACAUUUGGCUACGGCUGCAAUGGACUGACCAUUACCUCCAGUGGAACCCAUUGGACUAUCCCGGCGUGACCAACGUGAGGUUUCCUGACCAUCUCAUUUGGAAGCCAGAUAUUCUGCUCUAUAACAGCGCAGAUGAACGAUUUGAUGCGACGUUCCACACCAACAUUUUGGUAGACUCUUCAGGCUCCUGUUCCUACAUACCUCCAGGGAUCUUCAAGAGCACGUGCCACAUCGACGUGCGUUGGUUUCCCUUUGAUGUCCAGAGGUGUGAACUGAAAUUUGGUUCGUGGUCAUAUGGAGGCUGGUCCUUGGACCUAAAAAUGAUGGAUGCAGAUACCUCCGAAUAUAUCGCCAACGGAGAGUGGGAUCUCGUUGAGGUUCAAGGGCAAAAGAACGAGCGUGUUUAUGAAUGCUGUGAGGAGCCAUACCCUGAUAUCACUUUCACUGUGGUGAUGCGCAGACGAACCCUCUACUACGGCCUCAAUCUGCUCAUCCCAUGUGUCCUGAUCUCCACUUUGGCUCUCCUCGUCUUCCUCCUGCCCGCUGACUCUGGGGAAAAAAUCUCUCUGGGCAUCACCGUCCUGCUCUCCUUGACUGUCUUCAUGCUGCUGGUUGCUGAAAUUAUGCCUGCGACAUCAGACUCGGUGCCUUUAAUAGCUGAGUAUUUUGCCACAACCAUGGUCAUUGUUGGUCUCUCAGUUAUUGCCACCGUGGUUGUCCUGCAGUAUCACCACCACGACCCUGAUGGAGGGAAGAUGCCAAAGUGGACCCGUGUGGUCCUGCUCAACUGGUGCGCCUGGUUUCUGCGCAUGAAGCGCCCCGGCGAGGAGCGAGUACGUUCAGCCUGUCCCAACAAGACUUGGCGCAGCAGCCUGACCAGCGUGGAGCUAAACGCCAGCGCCUCGGCAGCCCAGCCCACCAACGGCAACAUGCUCCACGUUGCUGUCCGCGGCCUGGAGAGCAUUCCCUACUCCACAGCUACCACCUCGCCUGACUCCGGGGUCAUCUGUGGACGGCUGCUGGGGCGAGCAGGCGAGGAGGAGAUGCUCCUCCACACAAGUCAGAGCUCUUCAGGGGGAAUCCUGGAACUGGAGCUGGCCAAGCUCGUCGAUGAGGUGCGCUACAUCGCCAAACGCUUCCGUGACCACGAUGAGGAUGAGUCUGUGUGCAACGAGUGGAAGUUUGCCGCGUCCGUCAUCGACAGGCUGUGCCUCAUGGCUUUUUCAAUCUUCACAAUCCUCUGCACCAUCGGGAUCCUCAUGUCAGCACCCAAUUUUGUAGAAGCCAUUUCUAAAGACUUCUUCUCCUAAGGCAGUUAUCAGGAGAUAAAAGUGUCUGUAGAAGUAAAAUGCCAACCGCUGCCCUUACAGAUUCGGUUACUUUGCUUCUCUGCAACAUACAUUAUAUAUUUCACCAAAUGUUUACACUUACUUAAAACGAAUUCAAAUCUAGGACUGUAUAUAAUGCAUUUAAUAAAUGACACAAACAUACUAUUGUGCUAAUUGAAGGAAUAUUUACCUUUUAUAUCAGACUGACCAACAUGCUGAAAGGAAAAUAUUGAUAUUUCAACCCUUUGUACAGCCUGAUAAUAUGACUAAAGUAUGCAACUUUGGUUUGUAAUGUGAUGUGUUAUUGUUGAAAACAAUGUGUGUUUCCUGACAUAAAUCUUCUCAAAUGUAUUCAGUACAUAAAACACCUGCAAUAUCUCCGACUGAAAUGUAUCACUCUUAUAGCUGUGUAUAGCUCUUAUCCACUUAAAUGUUGGACAAAUAAAUGUAUUCUUUCUAUUUGA